AUGUCAACCACUCCCGAUGUCGAAGUAGCCAGUUCCGGGUUAGAUCAUGUCUCUCUCCAUUCCCUCGAACCUGAGAUUAUCAUAAUAGGAGCAGGAGUAAUCGGAUGCGCAUUGGCCUAUUCGUUAUCCCAAUCAGGUCGAAAAGUAGUUUUAUUAGAGAGAGACUUAUCUGAGCCUGAUAGGAUAGUAGGUGAAUUACUUCAACCUGGAGGUGUAGCUGCGUUAGAACAAUUAGGGAUGCAAGAUGUACUUGAUGGGAUCGAUGCGGUUCCUGUAGAAGGUUAUUGUAUCGUCUCAGGUGAAAAUCAAGUCGGUUGUCCUUAUCCCCUACUUGAAGAAAUGGCAGGUCUACCUUCACCUCCUUCUUCUUCUUCUUCCAUCGAUACUUCGACUGUCGUCUCCAAAGAAGAAGCUGCUCAAGUCAGCGACGAAAAAACGUGGAUAGAUAAAAAAGGAAAAUGGCAUGUCGAAUCUACAUCAGGUAAAAAAGAAGGUAGAUCGUUUCAUCACGGAAAAUUAAUCUCAUCAUUGAGGAGAAAAGUAUUACAGAACUGUAAAGGUGUGACAGUCUUGGAAGCUACCGUCAAAGAUCUGGUAUUCUGUGAACACACGAAUCGAGUGAUCGGAAUUUCAGCUUCGUUCAAACCUUCAACUUCAUCUUCUACUCCCACUUCCACUUUCACUUCCACUUCUACUUCAAAUGGUACUUCGGAUGAAACAAACACGAACCAAACGGGCCCAACAACAACAAGUUCGAAUGGAAUGGUAAGGAAAUUAUAUGCACCAAUAACUAUCAUAGCAGAUGGCUGUUUCUCUAGAUUCAGAUUAACUCCAGGAACGAGAACACCAACACCAAAAACCAGAAGUCAUUUCGUUGGAAUCAUAGUGGAAAAUUGUAAAUUACCUAUACAAAACAUGGGCACAGUUUGUCUUACACCUCAAGGACCUGUUUUACUCUAUCAAAUCGGAAAUCAAAAUGGGGAAAUUAGAAUGUUGGUUGAUGUCAAAGGUAAAUUACCAAGUGUAGGUGAUGGUAGUUUGAAACGACUGAUUGAAGAGAAAUACGUUCCUCACUUACCUGCCACUUUACAACAACCUGUGUUAACGUCGCUUGCGACGCAACGCUUACGUUCAAUGCCCAAUACCUUUCUCCCACCUUCGAUCCAAGGCCUCUCGUCUACCCUGUCAGGUGCCAUCCUCUGUGGGGACGCCUACAACAUGAGACAUCCUUUGACAGGUGGAGGAAUGACAGUAGCUUUCAACGAUGCUAUAAUCUUGACUGAGAAAUUGAAACCUUCACCAGAGUUGCCGGCAGGAAGAGAUGGAUUGGAGAAUUGGGAUGUCGUGGGUGAUAAGUUGAGAGAAUGGUUUUGGGAAAGAAAGAAGUUGAGUGGUGUGGUGAAUGUUUUAAGUAUGGCUCUGUAUAGUCUUUUCGGUGGUGCAGAUGAACCAGAACUCGAAGUAUUGAGAGAAGGUUGUGUGAAAUACUUGGGAAUGGGAGGUGAAAGAGUCGCAGGACCAGUUGGAUUAUUAUCUGCUCUCACUCCGGCACCUUUCAUGUUAUUCUAUCAUUUCUUUUCAGUGGCAUUCUAUUCGAUCUUCUUAUUAUUGAUCAAAGGUCCACCUAAUUCUUCUUUGAGAAAUAACAAGGGUCUUUCCAAUCCUUUAUUGGUUUUGUUAUCAUUACCUCUAAACUUGAUCUACUCGAUCAAAGUCUUUUGGACAGCUUGUGUGGUUUUGUUACCUGUGAUUUAUACUGAAUUUAGAAUAUAG